AGACACUUUGUAUUAAAACGUCAAACGUAUAAUCUCCUACACAUUUUACCAUCACAAAAGCUCUGAAAUAUUAAUUCUGCGCAAUUAAUUUACUCAUAUUUGUUUAAAAUCACUAUUUUCCGAGUUAAGUGAAUGUUAUCAGCUCAGUUGUUUCGCGCUGAGACGUAGAUACGCCAUGUUGGUUGAAAAUAAUAUGCCCCAAGGGGAUAUACCAUUUUAUCGACAAGUUGAUUUGAGCGUGUAUUUCGUGCAUUGAAUAUCGCUGGUCGAGAAAACGUUGCAAAGUGCAGUAGUUGCAUUAUAGCAGCGCGCCUACGUCGCAAGCGCAGCCAAAAUGGAGGCGCAGCCGGAGGCAGCACCCCGGGACAUGAAAUUCAUCAGCGUGACCAGUUCUCUGCUGACGGACGAGCAGCGAGAAAUGUAUGAGUCCGUCCUGUCAACGUGGAAGCCAGUUGAGUUCGAGCAACCCGUCAAGAGAUAUAUAUGCCCAGAAUGCCACAAGGAAUUCAAGAACUACCAAAACCUGUACCUGCAUACUACCAGAGUGCAUUCUACGAGAGACUCCGCUGUCGUCUGCGAUGUAUGUGAUAAAACUUUCAAAAACAAACAUUACUUGUACAUGCAUAGAAUGAAUAAGCAUUAUUCUGAAGAUGAGAAGUGCUACUGUCAGUUUUGCAUGCAAGAGUUCCGAACGAGUCGAGCUUUGCACAUGCAUGUUAAGAAGUUUCAUCCUGCCGCACUACCGGAGAUCAAGUGUGAAGUGUGCGACAAACAAUUCUCAGUUCCUUACAAGCUGAAGUACCAUAUAGAAGCUUGCCAUAAAGACAAGAAACAGUACAAAUGCCAGUUAUGCCAGAAAUUAUAUGCGAGCAAUUUAAAUUUAAAUAGACACUUACAGACCCAGCAUGCUGAAGUCAAACGACAUCCAUGCGUGUUCUGCCCUAUGACAUUUAAGUCGAAACAUCACAUGAAACGCCAUAUCCUAAACAUACAUCCUCCGCUAGAAUCUAAAGCAACUUGCCCCGAAUGUUCUAGAGAGUUUAAGAAUGAGAAAUAUUUAAAAGAGCACAUGCAGAUACAUUCGUCUUUAGAGACUAAAGUGAAAUGCGAUAUAUGCGAUAAGUUCUUCCAUUCUGCUAUUCGCUUAAAGAAACAUAAGAAAAUAGUGCAUCCAGAGCCUAAGCCUAUGAUCCGUUGCGACAAAUGUGAUAAAGAAUUUGUGCAUGCACAUUAUUUGAAAAGACACUACAACGCUGUUCACGUUGAAGUGGACGAGACGCAGUACCAACAUGAGUGUGACCAGUGCGGCAAAAAAUUCAAGAUCAGAAAGUAUCUGCUUAACCAUUUGCAGCGGCAUGAGCAGCAGCAUUUGAAGAGUUUAUCAAUGAUGGUGAAAACGGUUAUGGGAGAAGAUGGGAAGGAGAUUGAGGUUCCUGUGCCGAAGAGGCAGGGCAGGUUGAGGAAACAGCCUCCGAAGGAUAUAGAGUUUAUUAAGUGCGAGCCGGAAACCAGUUCGGAGUCCGGGUCAGAUGAAACUGAUACAGAAUCAGAGUAGAGCUAAUGUCUUUCCUUGAGUUAAAAAAACCAAUUAAUGCCGCUUGUACAAACAACACUGUUAACUGUCCAUCGGUGGACCUUAUGCCUUUUGUAAUAAGGUUCACCGCGGUCCAUUUGGUCAAUGGUAGUGUGGGUCCAGUCCGCAGCACUGUAGUUGUCUACCACUCAUCACAAUUCUAAACAUCCCAAAAUCAUGAGCAGAUUGAUUUAUUUAUUACAGAGUUCCUAUAAGAACCAUAGCCUGUUAGCUAGUUAAAUUUCUGGUCAAUAGGCUACAUUCCUACUAGUCAAAUCAACUUCUUUUUUAGAACUGUCAAAACGAUUUUCUAAUAUGGAAUUUAUAUGAAAACUAAUAUAGUGACGUCACGGUAAAUUCACCUACUUUUUAUAUUUCAAUCCGAUUUAUUAAAUACAAAUUGUGUUUAAAAAUAGCUGCUAUCUAUGUUUUUUUAAUAAUUAUCUGGUGCUUUAUUUUGUGCACGGUUUGAAAUAAUUUAUUUUAAGUACAGGAAACAUCCCUAUUGGAGACCAGAGAUUGAUAAUAGUUAGGUAAUAAAAAUAACAUAAUUAUGGGACUUCAUUUAACUAUAGAAAAGAAAAAAAAAACAAUUAAGCUUUAAAAAUUUGCGUAUCUGGCUAACUUUUCUUCUAACCCACCUGAUUAAAUUUAGAUUAGAAUUAAAGAAGCUGGCACCUUUUACUAGAUAGCUAUGAUUUCAUAGAGGUAAUACCUACUUACAGUAAUCGGCGAUAAAUAUUGAACAUCAGUCUUUAAAAAGAGAAUAUUGGAGACAACGAGAGAGAAAGAGAAUACUCUACGAAGCCGAAAUUCCGAUGUGAAAUAUUUAUCGCCGGGUUCAGUACAGUAUGUAUAGGGUAAUUCGCCAGUAACUGAUCACUGUUAGUAAUUGACCAUCCUAAACUAAAAAUAAAUUCUAUUCACCUAUAAAAAGAAUUUUUAGUUAAGGGUGGCCAGUUACGAAUUACCCUAUUAUGUGUUGCAUUGCAAAAAGUAUUAUGUGAGAUGUAAUGACAAAAAAAAGUUGUAAAUUAUUAAUAAUUAUAAAAACCGGGCAAGUGCGAGUCGGACUCGCGCACGAAGGGUUCCGUACCAUAAUGCAAAAAAAAAAACGGAAAAAAAUGCAAAAAGAAAACGGUCACCCAUCCAAGUACUGACCACGCCCGACGUUGCUUAACUUUGGUCAAAAAUCACGUUUGCUGUAUGGGAGCCCCACUUAAAUCUUUAUUUUAUUCUGUUUUUAGUAUUUGUUGUUAUAGCGGCAACAGAAAUACAUCAUCUGUGAAAAUUUCAACUGUCUAGCUAUCACGGUUCGUGAAAUACAGCCUGGUGACAGACGGACGGACGGACGGACAGCGAAGUCUUAGUAAUAGGGUCCCGUUUUACCCUUUGGGUACGGAACCCUAAAAACUAUCUUGCUUUAUAAUUAAUCUAGUUCUAUGUAUAGCAAAUUGUACAUUAUUACUACCAUUAAUGAAUAUGUGUAUUUCGGAAUUUCAUCCUAUUAAAUAAGAGUUCGACUCCGUCUCCGAGUAAGAGCGAAAAACUCAAGCAAAGCCUGGGCAAAAAUGUUAACUUGGAGCCAUGAGCUAUGUUAGCAGUUAGUAUAGUUUGUAGGUUUCUAAUAGAGCCCGACGACUAAUCCUAUUGUCUAUUGUUAAGUAAAACUAGGACUUUUAGACGCACGGCCGGUUUCCAUCCUUACUUGGUAGAUAUUCCACCAAUUCGCACGAAGCGCUUUGCUUCUACUUUCCUUAUGCGCACUGCCAAGGAAUGGAAUUCCUUGCCGGCGUCUAUAUUUCCGUGUUCUUAUAACCCGGCAACCUUCAAAUCAAGAGUGAACAUCAGGCACCUUCUGGGCGAGCUCGCUCCAUCGUAGGCCACGUCUACGCCUCGGCUAGUCUGUGGCCAUGAGUAAGCCCAUUCAUAAUAAAAAUAAAAAAAAACCGCUCGUGCUACUUACCUGCAAAAAAGGGUCUUAAUUCUAUUUGGCACCUGAGCGCGGGCUAGUCCAACGCUCAAAAAACCAGUGUAGGUGCGCUCUCCGAUAACGCGCCUUUGUUACGCAUCUCGAUGACACAUUUUAGACUGGUUCUGUAGUGUGCGACUCGCCGGCACUCAGUAACCGAAGUACGUAUUUUUUAUGCAGGUGGUUGUGGCACGUGGCACGAGCGGUUUUACUUAACAAUAGACAAUAGGUUUAGCCGUCGGGCUCUAUUAGAAACCUACAAACUAUAGCACGCCUUCAAAACUAGUUGCUCUGUGAGCAUAGCUUAAAACUCAAUAAAUGUAUGGCGCCGCCAUUUUGAAAAAGAUCCAAAAUCUGUAUCGACAAAAAAAACUAUUUAACUAUCGAAACCUGGUCACAAAAUUUUGCGAUAAUCGGUUGAGAAUUUGCGAUUUGUAGAGAAGAACAUCCGUAUUAAUCCGGACAUACAUGCGAAAGCAUUUUUACCCCAAGCUGGAACGGAGACCUUCGCUAACGCUCGGUCUAAAAUAGCUUCUUCGAAAAACACAAAAUGAGAAACCUAUAAAUGUACAAAUAUAGUUAAAAAUAGUUAAAAAUAAUAUGUAGAACUUAUUAAAAUUUACACAAUAUUAGAUACAAGUAGAAGAAUUGUCAUAGCUAUAAAAUUGUUGUGCUUCAUGUUUCGUAUAAAGAAUCGUUUCCUAUUUGGAUGUUGUAAACUGGGUAGAGUGGGUAGGGUAAUUGCGUUAGUUUACCGUCCGGUGUCAGUUUCCGUCCACUUGACGGAUUAGCAAAUAAUACAUUCAAUUAAAAAUUAGCUUCUAGCGAAUAUAUUUUUUAUGUACAUAAAUAAAUUGUUUAGAUAUUAAGGAUUGCAAUAAGACCAAAUUUGUGCAGCAAUGAAGGUUUAUAUUCAUAUUUCGUCAAGUGGACGGAAACUGACACCGGAGGAACACUAGCACAAUGACCCUAUACCUAUUCCUUAGAUGUCUGCAGCUAGGGUAGCGAGUGUACUACGUUUUUCAUCACAAUCAUCUUGUUACAUGGGUUUUGAGUUAACAGCUGAACAUAUUAACAUAAGGGGUCAUCCAUUAAUUACGUCACACGAAUUUCUAGGUUUUUUGACCCCUCCCCCCCUCCUUGUCACACUUGGUCACAUUUGGCAAACCCCUCCCCCCUAGUGUGACGUCACAUUUUUUCUACGAAAUCGCCAAAUCGAAUUAAGUACCUAAGUAAGUAUUAUUAAUAUUUUAUCAAAAUAUUUUUGACGAUAUAAAUAUUAGUAAUUUUAUAACCCAAAACUGCUUAGGAAAGAAAAUUAAACGAAUAAAAACGAUUAUCGUUUUAAAAACUUGUUAUUUAAAUCAACAGCGAAUAAAAUAAUUUAAAUACAUUUUCGGUUCCUGAUGAAGUUAAAGUGACGUCACAAAGUUUGUGUCUCCCCCCUCCCCCAUGUCACAAUAUGUCACAUUUUCUUGACCCCCUCCCUCCCCCUAAACGUGUGAUGUAAUUAAUGGAUGACCCCUAACUAAUCAUGAUUGUUUAUAAAACAACGAUUUAUUACAUUUAUUUGCGACACCUUAAAUGUAUAUUAUAUUAUGUAAGACGCUUUGGUGUGUUUUUCUUUCUACUUUAUGUAAAUCUUUUCGUAAAAAUAAGAACAGUUAGACC